AACUUUCACCGUUUGAAGGUAGCGGACCGCCUCUUGGGCUGCUGGUUUGACACGAUUUCUCACUAUUAAUUAAACUGACAUUGUAACCUGGGUUGUAAAUCAGUUUCCAUAUGCUGAGUCCCGUGAUCCCAAUAAUCUAUGGUAGUGUCUCGGAUGGUUAGAAACCGAAUGCGACCUUGCAUAUGCCGUCGAAUUGCACUGUGGGUAUUGUGAUGAAUGUCGCAAAUGACUCAAUGGAUACUGUAGGUGACGCCGUCGUUGUCCCUCUGCGGAACCAGUCGUAACCAAAGCACGCUUAUAUGGGCUAUCUAAUGCAUCUCCAUGGCCAUAAAUUCUGGGUGCUGGGUUCCGGCAGUGGCUCAUUCCCGUGUCAGUCUGUGGUGGAAGCGCCAACUUCCAUUAUUAGUUUGCACGAUCCACCGUACAGAGACACGGCGAACUUGCCAUCAUCAGGAUGGCUGGCAACCCACUACGUCACUGAUAAUCCCGGCGCUUGGAUACUUCAUUGCCAUAUUCAGUGGCACAUUGUGACAGGAAUGGCGCUGGUGUCAGUAGAGGGCGAAGAUCAGUUGCCUAGUUUGAUUGAACAAUCCGGCAAUUUCCGCAAUCAGCCAGCUGAACCUUCACCGAGCGGAAUUAGAUACGGAGGGAUGGCCCGAGAAUUCGUUCCAUUAUGUAUUCCAUAAGUGAACGUUCUACGCGAAUGAUGGAUUUGCCAAGGAAAUUAUGAAAGGCCUCAACAAAAGCGUCGUCGAGUGCCA